AUGAAAGGUGACGGCGUGCUGGUGUGGAAGGCCCUGAGUGUGCAGCCGGUGCGUCUAUCCGUGCUGGUGAGUGACCACAUGUCCAGCUCGCUGCUCGUGCCCGUGCUGCAGGUGUGUGCCUGCCUCAACGGAGGCACCUGCCAGUACAGCAGCGUCACACAGAACCACCUGCAGGGCAAGUUCCAGGUGGUGGGCUGCCUGUGUCCACGAGGCUUCAGUGGGCCCCUGUGUGGGAACAGCACAGACGCGUGUCGUGGCGAGCCCUGUUUCCCUGGCGUGGACUGUUCCAGCGCCCCCCACUCCGACUCCUUCUCCUGCGCUGCCUGCCCCCAGCCCACGGUCAGCAGUGGGGUGCCCGGCUACAAGUGCUUCGAGAACGAUUUCUGUCUGCCUCCCUUCCCCUUCCCCUGUCACUCAAUGGCCGAGUGCUCCAGCACGGGCUACAACUACACCUGUGCGUGUAAACCUGGGUUCACAGGGAACGGACAAGAGUGCACAGAUAUAAACGAGUGCCUGGACCCUGCCACGUGUCCCAAUGCUAAGUUUGAGUGUGUGAACACGGCCGGCUCAGUGCGCUGCUCCUGCCGCUACCGCACCAGUGACCAGAGAGAUGGCUGUGGUGACUCUGCAAACCCUACAGGGUGGAACGUGUUCAAUGUGUCCAUGAGCUGGGGCAAGAGACAGGUGGGCCAAGAAGGCCUUACUCAGCUGGAGCGGAUCCUCUCCAUGGGCUUCCAGAACAAGUUCUACAACGCCAGCAUGAAACAGUACCGACCAACAGCACCGAGCGGACCCAACGAGUACCGCAUCAACAUGUCCAGCGACACCCCACACUGGUACGUCCAGGACUACCUGAGCCGGGUCGGUGCCUACUACGACAUCACCCUGGCAGACGUUGGAGACUUGGACGAGUGCAAGGCCAAUGAGGCGGAGUGUGUGCCCCCGGCGGUGUGCUCCAACACCUACGGAGGCUACAGGUGUGUGUGUAACGGCACCGACAUGGAGGAGGCACAGUCCUGUGUGUUAGAGCGGGACAAUGUGAACCGGACGGGCACUGCGGAGGCCGUGUCCAUGGAGGAGCAGAAGCCGCUGAUCCUGGGCCUGGUGCUGGGCAUCGGCAUCCCCCUGCUGAUGCUGCUGCUGCUGGCCGCCCUGGCCUGCUUCUGCUGCUCCCGCAAGAAGACCGUCAGCGGAGAUAUCCCCCGCCUGCUGCCUGACUACCGCCAGGACCAGUUCAGCGUGCCCUUCGACUACUCUAACCCAGCCCUGCACUACACCACCCACUGCAGCCCACGAGUCCUGGAUGGAAUCACUACCCACAGAGGCCGACGAUAACACACACACACACACACACACACACACACACACACACACACA